AAAUUUCAGCGUUUUCCUCAUUGUGUUAACAUUGCAUCAAAUGCACGUCUGCAUAGAGGGAGAGAAACCGAGAAAUUAGCUUGCCAACCAUUGAGUUGGGCGACAGAGCAAAUCAAAGAAGCGCCUGUGUUCACAGCGUAAAUCGGACACCUGCCAGAAAAAACUAUCAAUCUGUCUUGUGACGCUGGGAGAUCGAAUUUCACGACGCAAGAUAAACAGCUACUACAAUAUUAUCAGCAACAUGGCAGAUUUUACUAGUAUUGAUCAGAAUAAACUACCCGGAGUGAAGGAAGUGUGCCGGGACUUUGCAGUGCUGGAGGAUCAUGCCCUCGCUCACAAUCUACAGGAACAGGAAAUUGAGAGCCAUCUGGCCUCCAACAUUCACAAGAGCCGUCUGGUGCAGCAGGACUUGCAAGUGGCUAAGAAGCUGCAGGAGGAGGAGGACCUGAGGGCCAAAGUUCGCAUCCAGAGAAAACACAGGGACAUCGAGCGAAGUGAUAAUGAGAUCGCUCAAGAGAUCCAGGAGCAGCUCGUGAAGCAGGCAGAGCAGCAGAGACAACAAGAAGAGAAAGAUGAGGCCAUUGCUCGCAAAUUGCAGGAGAAAGAGAUGAAGGAAGAGAGGAGGAGGAUGAAACAGCUUCAGGAGGCACCCUACGAAGAGAGCUACUAUGAUGAGAAAGGAGAGCAGAGCCGUGGCAGACAUCCAGAGCGUCUGCUUCCCGACAGCAGGAAAGAGCGAGGACAUUACAGUCACGACAGGGACCGCAGGCACAGGCCUGAGUCUCGCGGCUCACAGUCCACCUUCUAUGCGGACGGUGAUGUGGCACACAGGAGGGACGAGCUGCAGCGUUCGCCUCCUCGCAGGGCUCAGGAGCCCAGGCAGGAGUCUCCCGACUCCGAGAGGGUCGUGCGCAGGAAAGAGAGGCCUCCAAGACCCCCCUCUCCCCAGUUCAACAGGGUGCGCCACAGGGAACACAGCAGAGAACACGGAAGAGGCAGAAACAGCCAGGAAGACCAUUAUCUGGGGCCUAACAGGACCAGGUCCGCAGAGGAGAGUGUUGAUGACGAUGACUGGGUGGACAGGCAGGGGCAGCAACCGCAACUCGAUGAGGUGUUUGAAGAGCACAAGCCCCUGUCUCACAGGAGGGAGGAGAGACGAGAGCACGUGGACCAGACUGAAGAGGCGCAUAGAACGCACUCUCAUUCACGCGAAGACAGACAUCACCGCCACCACCCCAAAGACCCAGGUAGGAAAGCACGAGGGGACUACGGCAUGAGAGAGGUGACUCAGGGUGUUGCUCGCAUGGACCUCCGGGAGCAGGAGCUCAGGGAUCUGGAAGUGGCCAGGAGACUACAAGAGGAGGAGCUGAAGGCAAGCCAGCUGGAAAAGAGGGCAGCUCAAGUGGCGCAGGAUGAGGAAAUUGCCCGGUUAAUAAUGGAGGAGGAGAAGAAGGUGUACAAGAGGUCAAAAGAAAGAGAAAAAGGAUACACAGAAAGGAGACGACAUGAAGCAGAAUGGAAGCUGGAGCCUGAGGAAGUCGUUCGGCCUCGAUCACGCGAGGAGUGCGAAUACCAGCGACCGCGACAGCACAAGCCAGCCCGUCCUCCUCCUCCUGUGAAUGACUAUGAGAAUGUGGAUUCCACCUAUGCGUAUCCACGCUCCUCCUGCUCUCCCAGGCCUGAAGCUGCGUACAAAGGUUCCUAUUAUAGACAGUGACCCCAGCCUUCUGCUGAGUUUCUUCCAUUUUUUUUCCUUCAUAAUGCAGUGCUGAAGAAGGAACCAGAAGCCUAAACACCACAUGUCUUUCAGAGAUUGUAAGUGACUUUCCAAGCCUGUUUACAUAUUAUCUGGAGAACAGAAAGGGAAAAAUCUCAGUAGACAUACAGUAAAAACUGCUCAAGGACACACCUUUUGUUUAAAGUUGGCAAUCCACCAAAAGGUGGACUGUAUUAAUAUGUGGCGGAAGCCGUGUUGGAAAAUGUCAUCCAAAAUCACCAUGGAAGAGGGAAGCAACUUUUUAAGAUGUGAUGUUCUCCGAUGGAGUCUUUCAUGAAGAUCAAAUCCUUGGUAUUAAUUUCCAUUUCUCAUCUGAUGACGCGCACCAGCAGCAGGAUGGUUAUGGGCUGAGGAAGAGUCAGCAUGGGUGGUCAUCACAGCAAUAUCAACAACAGCAACUUCCAUGCAGACCUUGUGGUAUAUAAACUCCCUGUAUUGUUUUACAGUAUGUUAAAUGUGAUGAUAGCGGUAACUAACUGCUGGGUUACAAAGAAGACACAGGAAGCCCAGUUCUGAUACAGAGUUUUGGGUUUCUUACAGUACAUUCACUCUUUACAUUUUUUUUUUAAAUGGUUUUUAAAAUAUAGUAGGGAAAACAUCUGUCCUGAAGCUUAAGGCGCUUUAGCUACUUAAUUUUAGAAUCCAGCCAGCUUCGGUCUUAAAAUAAGUGAAACAGAUUCUAGCACUUCAUUUUGUUCUGGACUUUUUGUGUAACUGUAAUUGUCUUCCAUCAAAAGGGGCUAUCUGUCUGAAGUGUUUUUAUUCAGUGAUAUUCACUCUUGCACCUGGAGAGCCACAAGGUUUUGAAGGUUUUGCAUCUAAUUUAAAUAAUCAGUGAGUAAAGAAAUGGCAACAGUGGUAUUAUAAACAUGUUAAGUAAAUAGUUGAUUCAAAUAAUUAUUAAGAUCUCAUGGUGGUUCUUCAGUACCAGGAGUCGAUAUCAGUUUUAUGUCCCAAUCUUCAAUCCAGCUAGUAUUAUGAAAUCCAGUUUUGAUUGAACAACUUAAAGCAUUAAAUUAUCAGUAUCUUUUGUACAGGGGGUGCUUUUGUAUUUUGGAACUUCUCAAGAGCAUAUUCAGUCAUUCCCAGAUCAGCACAUCUCUUUUGUUUGGACUGACGUUUGCUUAUGAAAAAAGACAAAUAAAAACAUGACCAUGCAUGUUUGAAACCAUUAACAUUUUCAAAAUGUCACCCGCUGUCAGCUGGUUUUGUUCCAAGAACAAGACGUGCUUAUCCAAUAUGAAUGUCAUUGUAACUCCGAAAGACAAAAGCACCCUUCUGAAUAGAACCCACUCCUACCUUGUUUCAUAAAUACCAUUUAAAAAAUACUCUGAAAGGAAACUUGUUACAGCUGCAUCUCCUGAUCAGCCAUGUCAUGCGUUCGGCAGUAAGAUGUAAGAUUAUUAAAUUGUUUGGAUCUAUUAAUGUAAAGUUAUUAAAUAAAACUUCUUGGGAAAUUGCAAUGUAGAAAAUGUGGGAAUUCAAUAUAUUUAUGCCACACGUCAUAUAGACCUGUUUGUUAUCUGACAUUUAAGCACACGUUUAAAUAUUUGGUGUGCAGGAUUAGUGUCAAUUUUAUCUUGAGAGUAAUAUUUUCUUUAAAACAUUUAGCAAUGACAGAGGGAUGUAAGUUGGCUUGAUAAGCAAUGUGACUGCAGUGGAAGCUACUGUCCUUUGGCUUUAAGCCCAACCAGUGUGAACAUUUACGCAAGUUGGCUCAGUCUAGAAUUCUGUACCCCAGGACCAAAUAUGUUUUGUGUUUUUCAUGAAAAACAUUGUUACUGGGAUCUUGACUUGUGAAUAAUUGCUUUGAUAUUGCCUUUAAAGAAAGAAAAACAGUUGUUGGUGUCAAAAACAGUUCUUUUAUUUACCAAAAUGUCAAACUAUAUUGUGCAAUUAUGCCAGCUAAUAUUUUCUAGGUGACUUUGCCAUUGUAUGUCCAUGUGUGCAGAUAUGUAUGUAUCAAUUCCUCAGUUAAUGCACUUCCAAGACAGUACUUUUCUACUGCAUCAGAUGCAGCUAUGGACAUGUGAUUGCAUAACAUUUGCAAAAAAGUAAAGCAUUGAACGUUGAAUGCAUGUGAAGUAUUAAUCUCUUAAAUAAAAGAAAGAAAUGUUCAAAAACCUUGCUGAAAUUAAAAGAAAUCAUUACUGAUGGUUGUUACUGUACAUUUGAUAUAGUCUACAGGAGAUUAUUGGUUUUGGAAUAACAACGGUUUGGGAAAUAUUUGUACAUAGUGGCCUUCCUGUGUAGUAGUAAUGUUCAUUCCGAUUAUCCUGAGAUCUACAACCCCCUUUCGUGUUUCGCUUGAGGAAAGAGUGAUAGUUUCCCAUUGGAUCUUUUUACUUUUUUUGUUAAUCACAAAACUAAAACCAAGUACAGUAAAGGCUUUCCAUAAGCUUCUUUCAUCACUUGUCAAUAUUGCAGUGUGCUAGAAAAUAAACUGUUACUUUCACUAACAUUUUGCACAAUUGUAUUUUUUUUUUACAUUUUAAUGUUUAAUUUGUUUUAAUUAAAAGUUGUUCUUGUUUUAUUUUUUCUUAUUUUGGUUUAGUGUCAUGUGUUUCCUGACUGUGUUGAAUCAGCUGUGUUCUCAAGUUCUUGAUCUUCCAGAAGUACUUCAUCCUUUCAUUAGAUUAAAGAUGUAAUUUUCACUCUGAAAAUAUAAUUAAAUGAGCUCCAAGAUGCUUAUCAAUAUGUACUGUGUGAAGAUCAAGGAUGGUGUGUUUAACAGAGCUAUCAAACAUGCUGUACAUCACAUUUUUUUAAUGUACUGUUUGACAUUGGUUUACUAUGGAAAAGUAACAGCACACUCUGUGGGGUCUGUGCCAACUGUUCCUUCUCCCUCCAAACUGGAUAUUAGACAUCUAUCAGUAGUGUUUUAAGUUUUCUCUGGCUUUUUUUUUCUUCAAAUUUGAUCUUCAGUAUAAUAAGCAACAUUAUUAACAUGAAGGAAUUUAUUUCGCAAUAGAAUUUCUUUAAUAUAUAGCACCCUCUAGUGUGAUGUUUAGACGGGUAAAUUAGUCUUGCUGUGACAGUGCAUGAUUUAAGGCAUAGGGCCACAGCUCCAGUCCUUGAGGAACAGAACCCAGCCAAGUGUUAAACUGGUCCAUUCCAAGACCUUGGAAAUAUUAAACUGGUCCAUUGAAGCUAAUGAUCAGCUAAAUGAGAGCAGCUUAAGAGCAGAGGUGAAAGGAAAACCUACAGAUUUGCACUACUGCCCUCUAGGGCUAGAGUAAUUUAAGGUUAUAUCAGUGACUCUUCACUGUUUUUGUUAAGAACUAUUUUCUUUUCUUGAUUUCAUGGUUUCUUUUUGAUUUCUCAGAAUGUGAAUAUUGUCAACCCUCUCCUUCAUGAAUAAUGUUACUUAUUUGGUAACAGACGUAAUUCAGUCAAGAUUGAGAAGUGACCAUACAAAAGCAGUCCUUCCUAAACAAGGAUGAUGGAAUGGGGGUCAUGCUUGCAAUUUCUCACUGUUAAAAUAUUAAAACUGCUUCAGUGAUGUUGCCAUUUGUAUAGACUCUGAGGACAUUUCUGAGAACACCUGCGUUGUCCAUGGUUUAAUGUUUUGUUAAAUCCCUUGCAGGAAUCUCUCUCAGACUGCAAGGUCUCCAUCAGCCUUUGAAAUUGCUGUUAAAAAGUGUAGGUGGCUCUAAAUCAGGUGCAUAUGCAGUGUAGCAGACUUAGGAAUCAACAUACUGUAAAAUAGCAUGAAUUCAAAGAUUAAUAUCACAAAAAGCCUUACAAAAUUUUAAUUUGCGUUUAUUACAUUUGUGAUGAACGAUCCAAUGCUGUUAACUAUAUUGAAUCAUUAAAAGAUACAGUAUAAUCAAAUGUGCUUCGUAGUUGAAAUUGUGUUCCUGGAGGUGAUGUGAAUAUUAGAGACGUUUGAUUUAAUGUUGCAAAACACAUCUGUACUGUUGUAUAGUUAGCUUGCAGUGUUUUCCAGGCAAAAGAGAUUUAUCACUGUGUUGUUUUGGUAAAGGGGUAUGCAUUUCAUAAGUGCAUUAUGAACCUCAUGUUCGACCUACUAUUAAGUUAUUAUUGUUAAACAAUUAUUAAUCAAAUUUGUUUUACACUUCAUAUAAGUUUAGUCAGACAGCAAUGCAGCUACUGAUUUUUCUGUGCUGGGUAGACACAUGUUAGAGGCAGGCCUGUAGGGUGAAAAGUGUUUUGGAAUUAUCUAACCUCUAAAGGAAAUAGUUUUUGCUUCCUGUCUUUUUUCCAGUUUCAUGACUUCCUAUUGCUGUUAUGUCACUUGAACUGCACAUAUGUAAAAGGAGACAAACCUUUGUCAUUCUCAAUAAUUGUGAAAGGGACCUGAGUUAAGUUACUGAAGAGAACAGCCACAAUGGCAAAAUGUGAGUUUUAAGGUUAUACUGUGUUUUAAUGUGUUAAGUGACUGGAGGACAAAGGUAGAUCAGAUAGACAACAGCAAAAAAAAAAAAGCAGCCCAUCUCCAUUUGGUUUAUUUUAAUUGGAUUCACAUUCUCUGUAUGUGGUUCUCAUAAAACUGAAGUUUUUUCCUCAUUUCUGUUGAUCAAAGUUAAAAGAUCUGUCCAAUUGUGGAACGAUGGCACUGCUGUCUCAGGUGUGUAAGAGUUUUUCACAGCAUGUGGGUUAAAAACCUGGCCUUAGUGCUCAUUCUCAGAUGGCUCCAAUCUAAUUACUGGAUUAAAAGGCUCCAAUCUAAUUACUGGAUUUGCUUUGAACAUUCAACAAGAGCUUUUUUAAAACAUCACAUUUAUCCUAAACCAUACUAUAAGACUGUAGAAUCAGUGUUCAUGACAGAAUUAAGAUUCAUGUCCAUUACCAGCUCUUUAAGGAUUUUUCAUUCAUGCAGUACUCAAAACAAAUUACAUUACAAGCGGUAUUAAAUAAGAUCGAUCUAAUUUCUUUUAGUUUUGGCUAAAAACUUUAUUUUUGAUUUCUAUCAACUCAUUAAUAAUGAUUUAAAACACAAUAUGAUACAAUGAACACCUAUUCUGUUUCAUACUGUACACAAACGAACUGGAUGUGAAAUAACACCCCCAAGCAAGCCGCUUUCCUUUUGAACAUGGAUUAAAAAAUUAAGAAUUGGCUCCAAAAGGCUCCUUUUCUAGGAAUAUGUUCCCUCAAACUUUCAUGCUGCUUCAAAUUAGUUAUUUUUACGAACAACAGAAAAGCUUUACAUUUAAAAGUUGUACAAACUCUUAAGUAAUGUAAUUCCACCAUGAUCUAAACCCCUCCUUUGUAACCCAGGUUCAAGUAAAACUGGUUUCAACUGUUUUUAUGCAGAUGAGCAAGAUGCUGGCAGCGUCUUGCAUAAAAUAAUAAAUAAAUAAAUAAUCUGACAGGUUUCCCAUUGUUUACAGAGAUCUCAUUCAUAUUUAUCAUUUCCACUUCGUUAUUUAGAAUCCUCUUUAUAAAAAGUAGAACAUAAAGGCAGCAGAUAUUAUUUCCAUACAUUGUUUCAGUCUAACAUCCUUAAAAAAGCAUUUAGAAUUAAUUGCUCUGAAUCUAACCUCAGAUGAGCUGUCAUUUUAAUUAUGAGGUGGGCCAAUUACUUUGGCACUUUGUCUGUUUCUUUGUGUGCGUUCUCCUCAGUAUCAGUUGUUUCAUUCUUUGUUGUUCAUGUGGUUGCUUUUGCCUACUCUCUGCUAGUUGACUAAAAUUAUAUCAUUUUUAAAUACUGUGGUAUGGUUCCAAAUUGAACGUAUUGCUCUAUCUGGGAGGCAGAGGAAUUUUCUGGGAGGUUGUGUCUUUAUUUUUGAUACAUUUUUCUUUCAGAUUUUUUAAAUCUUAUUUUUGCACCAGUGUAAACAAAAUUGCUUGUUGAAGAAACCUGUACUGUAAUGUAUUGGCUGCAUAGAGCAAUAAAGUCAUGCUGCUUAGAACAGA